UCUGAGGGUAUUUGACAGGAGCGAGGGAAGCCGCAAAGUUCUUGGAGGAGCGCUCAGUGCCUGCAGCUGAGCCGGUCAAGUCCUGGGCCCAGCACCGCGGAGGAACCGCCUCCGCCGUGGGGUCGGUCGCGCUAGCCCACAGGCUCCCGGCCGCCGUGCCAGGGCGCAGGGCUCAGGACUCAGGGCACAGGGCGCGGCCUCUCCCUGUGGGUCGCCGGUGCCGACCCCGCGCCGGGUCACCAUGCUGCCGCCGCAGCUCUGCUGGCUGCCGCUGCUCGCGGGGCUGCUGCCGCCCGCCCCCGCGCAGAAGUUCUCGGCGCUCACGUUUUUGCGAGUGGAUCAAGAUAAAGACAGAGACUGCAGCUUGGACUGCACCACCUCUGCUCAGAAGCCCCUCUGCGCGUCGGACGGGCGGACCUUCCUGACCCGCUGCGAGUUCCAGCGUGCCAAAUGCAAGGACCCUCAGCUGGAAAUUGCUUACCGGGGAAACUGCAAAGAUGUGUCCAGGUGUGUGGCCGAAAGGAAGUACACCCAGGAGCAGGCCCGGAAGGAGCUUCAGCAGGUCUUCAUUCCGGAGUGCAAUGACGACGGCACCUACAGCCAGGUCCAGUGCCACAGCUACACGGGGUACUGUUGGUGUGUCACACCCAACGGACGGCCCAUCAGCGGCACCGCCGUGGCCCACAAGACGCCCAGGUGCCCAGGUUCUGUAAAUGAAAAGUUACCCCCACGGGAAGGCACAGGGAAAACAGUCUCCUUGCAAAUCUUUUCCGUUCUGAAUUCAGAUGAUGCCGCAGCUCCAGCGCUGGAGGCACAGCCUCAAGGAGAUGAAGAAGAUAUUGCCUCCCGUUAUCCUACCCUUUGGACUGAGCAAGUCAAAAGCCGACAGAACAAGACCAAUAAGAACUCAGUGUCCUCCUGUGACCAGGAACACCAGUCUGCCCUGGAGGAAGCCCGGCAGCCCAAGAAUGACAACGUGGUCAUCCCUGAGUGUGCCCACGGGGGUCUCUACAAGCCAGUACAGUGCCACCCGUCCACGGGGUACUGCUGGUGUGUGCUGGUGGACACAGGGCGCCCCAUCCCCGGCACGUCCACCAGGUACGAGCAGCCCAAGUGUGAUGACAGAGCCCGGGCGCACCCCACCAGAGCACGGGACCUGUACAAGGGCCGGCAACUGCAGGGUUGUCCUGGUGCCAAAAAGCAUGAGUUUUUGACCAGCAUCCUGGAUGCGCUGUCUACAGACAUGGUCCACGCCGUCUCCGACCCCUCCUCCCCGUCGGGCAGGCUCUCAGAACCAGACCCCAGCCACACCCUGGAGGAGAGGGUCGUGCACUGGUAUUUCAAGCUGCUUGAUAAAAACUCCAGCGGGGACAUCGGCAAGAAGGAAAUCAAACCCUUCAAGAGAUUCCUUCGGAAGAAAUCCAAGCCCAAAAAAUGUGUGAAGAAGUUCGUGGAGUACUGCGACGUGAACAACAACAAGGCCCUCUCUGUGCAGGAGCUGACGGGCUGUCUGGGGGCCACCAAGGAGGAGGGCAGAGCCAGCACACGGAAGCGCCACACCCCCAGAGGCAGCGCCGAGGGCUCCUCGCCUAGGCAGCCCAGGAAGCAAGGAUGAGCAGCGGACCUUCCACGGCGGCUUCCAGACAUGUGGGAAUCUCCCUCACCAAAGAGCAAUUCAACAGCAGACACACAUAGUAUUUGCACUUUGUACUUUAAAUGUAAAUCACUUUGUAGAAAUGAGAUAUUUAAACAGACUGGACCUGUGAAACGGGAGGCUGGCUCUGGAAAAGUACUCGCGCUGUACGCGUGCCCUCCACCCUGGACGCCUGGGCCUGGUGGAGAGGAGUCUGGAGGCGCGGAGCUCCUGCUCUGCCCACGUUGCCCUGCACCCUCUGGGCCCUCUGCCGCUCCGCGCUCUUGUCCCUGGCUGGGGCUCCGUAGAAGUUCCGCUGUACUGGGAGUUUGCAGGUCUUGCAUUACUGUGCUCGGACUGGCUGUCUCUCGGGACCCUGUUGGUUUGUGUGACUUUGCUUUCCAGAGGCCUCUCGCACACCACGAGCCAGGUAACCAGGAAGGACCGCAGUAAUGGCUGGGCGCCCGGGGAGAGCACUCAGCUGUCUUCACCUCCCCUUUCAAGCCUCUGUGUGACUUUGUCCUGGGUUCAGAGAAGUCUUGCCCUUGAGUCUAGGCGGGCAGCCGAGAGGGGCCCUCCUUCAGAAGUGGACCCAGUGCUGGUGAUUGGCCUGCUCCUGCCAGCCUGCUUCUCUGUCCCGAGGGCCCCUGGAAGGGAAAGCUGCCCAUGAUCAAUGACCAACAUUCUCCCAGGGAAGGCAUAUCGGCUCAGGCGUGGGCAGGGUGUGGACUUGGCCCCAAGAAAGACUGCAGGCGCCCCGCUCCUCACACUGCUGAAGCCUCCAGGCAGGGGCCUGGCCAAUGGGAGUCCACCUGAGGGUGCUGGACAGGAGGGCCAGCAACUGAGUGCCCACUGUGAGCACCCAGCCAUCCCCUGGCCCCAUGGACAGCUGCCACCCUCAGACCCAGCCUGAAGCAGGAGGUGUGAGGCCAGCCAGAUCCGACUUCUGUUGGAGAGGCCCUCGUGGCUUGCCCACCCGUGUCCGGUGCAGUCAAGACCCUGAGAGUGUGUGGAGGCCUCGCGAGGCCUGUGCUCAUUAAAACUGCAAAGGUAAAGAACAAGCCUGGGUCCCGAGCCAGCUCAACGCUUGCAACGUGGUCUAAGAAACAGCGAUGAGCCUCCUUGCUUCUGGAUACUCUUUUAUAUUGCUGAACUUCGAAAUUAAUCAUUUUUCAUAGAUUAAAAUAAAACAGGUGAUCA